CUGGGAGAACAAGCUGUAGCACAUAAGAUCUUAAAAGACAGGAAUGGAUGUGUUAAAUAAAUCUAAAGGUCUCUAAUGGGCCUAUGCUACUGUGGCUAGUAUCUUUUGAAACUGUUAAUCAUCUCUUUUUAAAGUAUGCUUUAUGAAGCUUUUUGGUUAGGGAGCUAUUUCUUGUUACAAAUUCAGAGAAUAUUUUUCAAUUACAGUACUGCAGAAAGAGGAGGAUUUUAGUUUCUAUAAUAACUGUUCUUUACUGACAGCUAAACAAUGAAAGGCCUCAAAAGGUUUGACACUUGAUUAGAUCUACACUGUAAAGUGCAGCAGGCAAAAAAUAUGGUAAUUAAGGGCCUGAUCAAGUAAAUCACUCAAGUAUGUCUUUAACCUUAAGCACAUGAGCAAUCUAAUUAAAAGAGAGCAUAGAUAUUCAUGUUAGUAACAAAGCCACCUUUGGAUCAAUAGUUCUGUCAACUGCAAACAUGAGCCUUCCUGUCGAAUAAGAAAUGUGCUGUAUUGCAACAAAAUAACCCAUUAACCCACACAAAUUAACUUUGUUAACUUAAAAAACCGCAUAUUGUAACUAUAACUACCUCCUAAUAUAUGAUGUUGGUAUUAUCAUUUGGUAGCAUCGGGACUUACGAAUGUCUAAAAAUGCCUUGCAAAGGUAUCUUUGGCCAAUGUACAGAUCAUACCUUAUGAGCUGAGAUUGUUUGCUUCUGUUGCCUACAUAUAACCUACCUGCAAAAGCAACUUUUCUCCUUAACUCAUCACAAAAUUAAUCAGCAUUUUUUUUCUGGAAACCUUUUGAGAGGAAAGAGAAGUUCUUUUACUGAGUUUCUUAUUCUUUUCCAAGGGUAGAGUUCCUGGGAGAAUCCCACUACUAAUUAUUAUCCGUUUGGAAUGGGACUGUUAGUUCCUACUCUUCAACAAGUUUUUAGUCCACCUGAAAACCUGUCACUUGUCUGUGAAGGAACUAAUUUUGAUGCAAGAGCAUUUCAAAUGCUAUGCUGGUUCUGUGUUAUCUGUGUACUUACCAGCACCAGCAUUCACCUCCAGCAGGUUGGCAAUGCAGGAUUUCCUGCAGGCUGAGACAGGCCGAGGUUUAUGAAGAAACGUAAAAUGUUUAGAUUGAGAACCAAAUAAGAAGUACUGUCUUACCAAGGAUCAAUGUAUCUAUUGUGUUUGAAAUAUUUAAUUUGGAAAGUAUAUUGCUAUUAUAGAGCAGUUCUAAAAUUAACUAAGCUUGCAGAAGCAUAGUGAACUUUCUUUUAACAAAAAAUAAGAUCAGAAAAAAAUCAGUUUAAGUGAGUAUUUAGCAAAGGAGUUUCUACAGUAAAUAGAUUGUAUUUCAGACAGAAGUGACUGAUACUAGUUUGAAACCUUGCUUCAAAUGAAAGUUGUGUAAAUGGGUUAGAACCAGAAAACUGGUAAGGUAGGGAAAAAAAGAGUCAGACUGUGUAGUUGGAGUAUUUCUGGAGCAUGAUAGGGUUUGGUUUUUUUUUUUUUCUUCUUGAUUUAACAAGUUGAAAAUCUGCUGAAUAAUUCAUGAAGAGUGGAAGGGCUGAAUCUUCCUGGAAUGAUAUACAGUGUGCGUACUGUGGCACAGGAGAAACUGCAAAGCUUUGUAUCAGUUGCUGCCGUUCCUGCUGCCGAUUGCAAGGUGCUGCUGCUUUUGGUGUUUUCACAGCUACAGAAACCUCAGUCGUGCUCUGGUCUGCCAACAGCCAUUUGCCUCCCUAUGGACCCACCUUCACUAGCUACAAUCUGUGGAAUCUCUUGCUGCCUACCUGCCUUGGACACUGCUGUUCUUUGGAUCGUUACUGCAAACUGUGUUUUCUGCACCUUGCAGCUUGUAUGACUGAAACCUGCCUUAGAGUCUCUCAGCUGCACAUCCUCCCGUGUGCUUGGUGAGGACUCCUGCAGCUGAACUUCUGACCCAGACAAGGAUGGGAUUUACAGGGCAAAGUCAAAACUGAGCUGCAUUCAGCGAGAUGCCCAACGCCUCUUCCUGGAGUGCUAGCUCGCCUCUGCUGCUGCUCUGGGAGGACUCCUCCGGGACCCGCAUCUUUCUCUCGCUGCUCUACGCAGUCUUAGCUAUCUCAGGGACUUUAUCCAAUGUGAUGGUCAUCUAUUUAGUCUUCUCCUUCAAGAAGCUGCAGACAACCAGCAAUGCCUUCAUCGUGAACGGCUGUGCGGCAGACCUAAGCGUGUGCGCCCUGUGGAUGCCCCAGGAGGCUGUGCUGGGGCUGCUGCCUCCCAAUUCCUCCUCCCUUCGCUCGGCGGAGUAUCGGCUGCUCCGAGGGGGGCUCCUGGGCCUCGGCCUCACCGUCUCGCUGGCUUCGCACCUGCUGGUGGCUUUCAACAGGUACGUGCUCAUCACCAAGCUGCCCAGCGUGUACCAGGCCCUCUACCAGCGGAAGCACACGGGCUGCAUGAUCGGGCUCUCCUGGGCCCUCGCCCUGCUCCCGGUCCCGCUGCUGCCCGGGCUCUGGACCCUGGGCUCGGCCCAGUCGGACGGCAGCUCUCGCUACACCGCCCUGCUCCUCGCCCUGGCCGUGCUGGGCCAGACGGCGCUGCUGCUGCACUGCUACCUCGGUAUCGUGCGGCGGGUGCGCGGCAGCGCCAAGCGGGUCAGCGUCCUCAACUUCCACCUGCUCCACCAGCUGCCUUUCCCCGCCGCCCCGCCGCCGCCCCGCCGCGCCCAGCGCCGCCUCAGCAGCGUCUCCGUCCUGCUGCUCUGCUGCGUGUUCCUGCUGGGCACCCAGCCACUGGUGUGGGUGAGCCUCCUGGGCUUCUUCCUGCGCCCGGCGCCGCCGGCGCUGCAGGCCGCCAGCUGGCUGCUGCUCUGCUCGCUCUCGGCGCUCAACCCGCUGCUCUACACGUGGCGCAGCGAGGAGUUCCGCCGGGCCGCCCGCUCCGUGCUGCCCCGCGCCGAGGGCCCGGGGGCCGCCCCGCGCCCCAGCGCCGCCGCGGGCGCCGCCGCCGCCCCGCCCUGCCCGCAGCUGCCGCGCCGCCGGGGCACGGCCACGGCCACGGCCACGGCCACGGGGAGCGGCGCCAGCGCCGCGGCCGCGCCGCGCUGA